UUUUUCCAUUACUCAUGGACCAUCCAAAGGUGUCCACAGAGAUAAGAUGAAGAUUGCAAAGUCUCACCUAAAAGAAAUGAAGAAAUCUGUCUCGGUUUUUAUCAGAUAUUUCAUCCUAAUGAUAUGGCUUUAAAACUCUGCUUCUGCCACACAAAGUAGUUUGUUCUGAGGUUAUAGGCUGCCCUCUCUGCCUUCAGACAUGAGUCGGUCUAAUAUAUUCAUUUUGAUGAUCACCAUCCCUCUAACUUUCUUUCAGUUAGUGAGAGGGAAAGACUGUGUGUGCGAUCUAAAAAAUUCAGAUCCUGCUUUCCCUGAGCACAAACUAACAAAAGUAGAGACCACUGCCGCACACUGCAUUGGGACCAUCACUUCAGAAAGGAUGACAGAGUUAGACAGACUUGUGUUAGGUCUACAACAACGUAUCAAGCAACUAGAGGACGAUGUUGUCAUGCUGGAAAAGGAGGAUGACAAGAAUCUGUAUGCGGCCGUGUCUCUGCGCAUCAUUGAGUUAGAGUUUGCUGAAAUUCAGGACCUCCUCAACAAACUCAACAGGACCACCAGCGGUUACCAUCAGCAAGGUGUACAGGCUGCAGCUCAGCUUGAAGAUAUGAAGAACACAAUGGUGGAGCUGGAGAAGUUUGACAACAUGCAGGUGAUAAAGAAAGAUCGAGAGAACCAGCGUGUUAAGAGGGACCUGGAACAGUGCAAAAAUGAGCUCAAGGCUACAUUACCACCUCCUACAGUUCCCCCAAGACACUGUGGUCUGGGUCAAAUGGUGAAUGUGGUGGGACCUAGAACGUAUUCUCUCACGGUACACAGCACCUACUACCCUUAUGGUGCUUGGGGUCGAGAUGCAAAACCUGCUCCAGGAGACGAGAACAAGUACUGGCUGGUGGUGCUGACAAGUAGUAACGUAUAUGGCUACUAUGUCCGCCAGUACAGCACCUUGAGUACUCUUUUAUUAGGUUUAGGACCAAAAGAUACAUACAUAUCAAACUCUAAUCCCACAACAAACACAAUUCAGGGGCCAAACAUGGUCAUGUAUGCCAAUGCGCUCUACUAUAACUGUUACUAUACAUCCUCCAUCUGUCAGUUCAACAUGACGACUCGUGCUAUCAGUACUGUGGCUUUACCUAGUGAUACAGGUUACAACAACAAGUUUCCAUUCGGACACCUCGCCACAUCAUACAGCUAUACUGAUAUGGAUUUAGCCACAGAUGAAUCUGGGGUCUAUGUCAUAUAUGCAACCACAAGCAACUUUGGAAAUGUGGUUAUCAGUAAAAUCGAGACUAGUAGCCCGCCAGUUUUGGGCCAAACUUGGAAAACCUCUUUGUACAAAAUAACUGCCACAAACACCUUCAUGGUGUGCGGUGUGCUUUAUGCUACUCGUUACCUGGAUAAAGAAACAGAACAGAUCUUUUACUCCUAUGACACCAAAACAAAGGAAGAGCGCUUUGAUUUGAAAAUAAAUAUUAAGAAGAUGCAGACUAAUAUUGAGUUUCUUAACUAUGACCCCAGAGAUCAUUUGCUGUAUGCCUUCAGUGACGCCUAUAUUGUAACGUAUGAGCUCAUCUUUCAGUAGAUCUUGAUUCAAUACAUGAGAAUAUGGCUGCUUCCUGUUUCACAUACUGUCUGUACUGUAUAGUAUGCAAGAUUAGAAUUAGUUAUCUUAUCGUAAAAAAAAAAACAGAUAAUAACAGAAGAUAGCAAUUUUUCUAAAUAUGUAUUCUACUAGUUGCUAAUGUAUUGGGGGGGGGGGUUACAUUAACCCCAACUUAAAGAGAUUGCAACAAUUUUAAGGGGUCUGUAGUAUCAAGACACAAUUUUAUAAAAUCUUGUUGUAUACAUAUGAUUACUUGUCUUGCCAUUCAGUACAUUAAAAAUUCUGUACUUUCCUGUACUUCCAUACUUUUACUUUUACAAGUAUGUGAAUUGAAAUGCAGCCUAUGAAUUUUUUUCACUAUGGAUACGCCUUUAAAUGCUUAGCUUUGCCACGUUAGGUGAAGAAAUUCACAAAUGUAUCGCAAACUUCAUUUCUUGAAAUAAAUUACAGCAAAGUUUGAAAUA